AUGUUGACUAAAGGGCAAUCGAGGAGAGAAGUCUCUAAACUUUUGGACUGUUUAUCAGAGGAAAUUGAAAAGCAACAACCAGAAAAUGUCAUACAUUUUAUGGUAGACUUUUUAUGCAAAAAUUAUGCUUCGCAUUUGAAAGGUUUUGCUCAUGUCUGGGAUGUAGAUUUGGAACUGGAGAAGGAAAAAAAAUUAGUAAUCGAAUUUUUUAAAAGUCAAAAAUUGACCACGGAAAUUGCUAAGCAUUUUAUCAAUGUAGGAUUUGACAGUAUGGAAUCCAUAGUACACCUGAAUGCGCAUAUUUUGGAUGAUGUAGAAAAGUUCAAUAAGCAAAUGUUCUCAAAUAUUGAAGAAAAUGUGAAAAGAUUUUUUGCUGAGUAUGAAAAUGACAAUAUAACGAAUAGAAGAUUAGACUACUGCAAUUUUCGAGUAAAUAAAAUUGAAAAAAGAGAAUUAAAAUAUAUAAAAACGAUAAUAGUAUUUCUUAUUAUUUAUUAG